AUGCUUUCUUUCUUUCAGAUCUACUGCUAUGCUGUCAAUGGCUUCUCUAUCUUUUGUAAUGGAAUUCUGCUCAUUCUGUCAUCGCACAAAAGUGUCGAGGCAAUUCAGGAGCUUCGCUACUUUCUCUCGAACAUUUCUGUUGCUGGUGUAGUGCUCUCGUUAUGUCUGCUUCUCAUUCAGCCGCAAAUGGUUACUCGAGGACCAAUGUGUAUCCGCGUACCUCAUGGACCGCUUAGUAUCCUAAACGCAGACAUUGUGAAGCUUACGUCUUCUGUUGCCAUUGUGUUCUACAUGUACGGCAUGCUCUCGUUCCCGCUCUUCUUCAUCUAUCGUACAAUGGUCCUUGUGAACAGCGCAGCACUUGGUCAAUAUUUCAACAAACGCAAUCUUCUAAUUACUUUUGCGGUAAUUUUCAUCUUCUGCUGCCUGGAAGGUGCAUGCCUAUACUAUUCUAACAUUCCUUACGAGGAUCUUUCCGAGAGAUUGAACAAAACUUCAAAAAUCAUGCAACACUUUGACCAGCAGUACAAGGUUCCGGAACAGGCUAUACCACAUCUCACAGACGGGGCUCAGACUACUCCAGCUACCCUCCACAACAUAUCUGGAGUGAUCCCGGUUGCUGAAGACUUUAAGCGAUAUCUGGCCUUGACUGGAGAUGACUACACAAGAAAUCCUCUUAUUCUGUACUUUUAUGGUAUAGCGGUUGUGUCGCACGCCUUAUCUUACCUUAUCAUUCUGAUAUCUGCGCACUUCAUGAUGAAUACACUCAGAGAAAAGCAGGGAACAAUGUCACUCGACACAGUUGUUGCGAACGAAGUGCUCGUUCACGCUGUGUUUGCUGAAGCUUUUCUACCGUUGAUGUUUGCGUUGCCGGUUGCUGCUAACGCGAUGCUCUCGACCUUUUAUGAAAGAAGCCUGUAA